UUUCUUUUAGACAUUUUCUGAAUGCUUCAGAUCCCCCGAGAGGGACAUGGACUGACUCUUUGUCACCAGUUAUUCAUCAGCUGACUACAAGUGACACUUAGAGCAGUUCCAACUGUAACUAUGAAAAGGAUGUUUUAUCUAUAUUAACAGAUAUACACAGUUGUGAGAUAUGAUCGUCAUCCAUCCAGAUAUGAUUAGCCUUCACGCAAUUCUGAUAACAUCUCACAUCUUUCUACUGAAAAAGAUCUUCCAUCAUCGGUUUCACCAGUUGAGACUUUAUUCAUUUCUCGGUGUCUACAGGGAUGGAAGUCCGUCUACUUUUACCUCUUGUCCUUCUACAUGGGAUCACCUUGUUCUGUGCAGUGAAUGGAGACAAUAUGACGGAGGAGAACAUCGGAGACACUCAAGCUGUCAAACCAAGACCGACUACUAUGCAGAAUAUAACGACUCUGCAGUGUGAUAAUUGUCCAAAAGAUACCAAACACCCCACCACACAUCGUACCACUGUGCUACCCACCGAUCAUACCACACAUCGUACCACUGUGCUACCCACCGAUCAUCCCACACAUCGUACCACUGUGCUACCCACCGAUCAUACCACACAGGGACCUUCUCCUCCACCUUCUCCUACAGAAUACGUUGUGAGUGGUGGAUCAGGAGUCUGUCUAAGAAUAAAAACAACCUUCAUAAUAAUGCUGAACACCACCAAGAUCAAAAAUGUCACAAUUCCAUCACCUCCAAUCACAGAGGUCUAUGGUAGAUGUUAUAAUGACAAAGCAUGGCUGACGCUGAUAUUACCAGGAAUAUAUCUUAGACUGGUGUUUAUAAAGAAAAUGACGGACGGUGUGUUUAGCUUGGAGUCCAUUUAUGUUUACAUCCAGGGCAAAGGUGGACCCAUGUUUAGAGAAUAUGCACCUCUAAGAACCUUGAUUACCCCACUUGGGCAUUCAUUUACUUCUGAAAUAGUGAAGUUGAGGCUUGGUCCCAAAGUGAGCGUUCUGCUCCUAGAUGUCAAGAUUCAGGCCUUUACACUGGAAGGGGGUGACUACGGAAGAGAGUACAUCGGCGGUACUCAAGCUGUCACACCAAGACCGACUACUGUAGAGAAUAUAAAGACACACCACGCAACACAUCGUAAUGCUGUGUCAUACAUCCAUCAUAUCACACAAGAACCUUCUCCUGCACCCUCUCCUACAGAGUACAUCCUGACUGGUGAAUCAGGAGUCUGUCUAAGAAUAAAGGCAACCUUCAUAGUAAUGCUGAACACCACCAAGAUCAGAAAGGUCACCAUCCCAUCGCCUCCGAACCCAAAUGUCAUUGGGUAUUGUGAAGACGGGAGAGCAGGAUUGGCAAUAUUCUUUCCAGAUGGAUAUCUUGGUUUGACCUUCAUUGAGAACAAGCCUAAGAGAUCAUUUUACCUGAGGUAUAUUAAUAUUUACAUCCAGGGAAAAGAGGAGAACAUCUUAGGUGAAUUUGAGUUUCUGGAAGCCCUGGCUACCUCACAUGGGAAAUCAUUUAUAGAUGAAGAAAAAACAUUUAUGGUUAGUCCUGAAGUGAGCAUUGUGCUCAUGGAUGUCAAGGUUGAGGCCUUUGAACUGGAAGGGGGCAAUUUCCGAAGAGAUAGUGAAUCCAUGUUUAUCAUCUUAGAUCAGGACUUAAGUAGUUCAAGCAUACAUUGGAGUGUGACCAUUCUUGCCCCAUCGAUCUACACUGUUGUGUUCCUCGUGGCUCUUCCUCUCAAUAUCAUGGCGAUCGUCAUAUUCCUGGUGAAAAUGAAGGUAAAGAAGCCGGCAGUGGUCUACAUGCUGAACCUCGCUGCUGCAGAUGUCCUUUUUGUUAGCAUCCUGCCUUUUUAUAUUGUUUACCGAUUUUUGGGAUCCAACUGGGUGAUCGGGAAAGGAAUGUGUCACUUCGUCACAUCAGCAUUUUACUGUAACAUGUACUGCUCCAUCCUACUCAUGACUAGUAUCAGUGUGGACCGUUUCCUGGCCAUAGUCUACCCGGUGCGGUCUCUCCCCUGGCGCACAGUGAAGCGAGCCUGGCAGGUGUGUGGUGCCAUCUGGGUCAUCUCAUUGGCCAGCACUGUGCCUCUUCUUAUAAUAGAUCAAGCCUGGAAAAUUUAUAACCUGGGUAUUACAGUAUGUCAUGAUAUUCAGUACUAUGGUGUUGAUCUUGAUUUCUAUUUUUACAAUUUCACCACUCUUAUCUCACUUUUCUUUUUCUUACCGUUAUUCAUUACAACUUUCUGUUACAUUAGAACCAUCUGCAGUCUCAGCAGAUCAAAAUUUGACCGAACACAUAAGAGAUCACGAGCUAUCCGCCUAACCAUGAUUGUCCUGAGUGUGUUUGUCCUUUGCUUUGGCCCCACCAAUGUCAUCUAUUUAGUUAACUAUGUGAAGUUGUAUAAGAGUUAUGAUGGCUCUCUGUAUAUUCCCUACAUCCUCUGUGUCAGUAUCAGCAGCAUCAACUGUUGUCUGGAUCCUCUUAUCUAUUAUUUCACAUCCUAUGAAUUUCAGAGAUAUUUCUAUAGCUUUCUGCACUGUAAGAAGGAUUACUGCCCUCCAGUACAAAGUCUACCCUUAAACAUAAAAUGCAGCAACCCGAGAGGACCAAAGGAGACUUCUUCCACUAAAUCCACUAAGAGUGAAUGAGUUAUUUUAACAACUCUCCUUAUUUAAUAUCACAGUAAGGGCUCAUUUACACUUGCUUAGACUUUAACACACAUUAACCGCUUAAGGACCCCUUCAC